UGGCAACACUACAUAUGGACAUUGUGUAGAAAAUUGAUUUUGUUGUGAUGAUAUUAAAUCGUAGUUUUUAUAUUUGACUAUCUAUUAAUUAUAAAUAUUGUUAUCGCCUGCAACAUAUAAUGUGGAUAUUUAAAAAUAUUAAUUAAAAUGGGUACUAACGGUAACGGAAGGAGUGGUGGCGCAAAAAUGAACAUGGAAGAAGGCGAUUGUAACAAUGAUAUGGACAGCCCCGAGUUAGAUUUUAUUUAUGAUGACUGCGAUUCACAAAAUAAUGAAAUUGCUGAACUGUAUAGUUAUACAGAACAUCCGGAAUUUCAACUAAAUGUCAAAGCUUUCGAAGAAGUCAUGGAAGAAUUCAGCUUUCCACCCAGUUGGCAGCGAUUAUCUGAAUCUCAUAGGCGUGCCGUAGUUAUGAAACUCCUAGAAUACUUAGACAUAGUAAUUAGUGAAAUACGAACACGAGCUGCUCGGUGUAUUUUGUAUCUAGCACAAGGUUGUUGGGCCGAAAUGCAAUCAGAUACUGAACAGGCUCUUUGGGCGCGCAGAAACAUUUUCUUACUGUAUGAAAUGGGUAUAUUUCCAGCAUUUGUGGAAUUGCUGCAACUCGAGAUAACAAAAAGCCAAACCUCCACUAUUUCAUCUAGAAAGCUAGCUGAAUCUUUAGCUGAUUCAACUGAUUUAAGAGUAAUUCUCUCAGUCUUGUAUCUUAUCACUGAACACAUGAGAACUGAAAAAGAUAAUGCAAAUUCUGAGUAUGUCCAUCUAGUAAAACUAUUUAAAGAGGAAUUAGGAACACACUAUGGUGAAGAUUUGUUGCCAGUUCAACUAUUAAAUAUGAUCACUCAGCUUUGUGCUGGAUCAUCUCCAAAUUUUCCAAUGAAAAAGGUUUUACUGUUACUGUGGAAAAUAUUAUUGGUAUAUUUGGGGGGCAUUAAAGAGCUUAAAGUAAAGAAAACCAAAUUACGUGUAAAAUAUGGCUUACCUCUAAUUGCUGAAGAUACAUUAGAAGUUGUUAAAGGCAUGAGAGCCAGUUCUCCACCUCCAAGUGCUGUUGAUAUUCUUGAAAAUCAGAAUCCAGUUCAAAGAAAGAAAAUUAUGUUAAAGGAAAGUGAAAGAGCUAUAAGGCGGCAAACAUUUAUGAAACAAACUUCUAUGGAUGAAUCUGAUGAGCAACUAUAUGUUGAUAAAGAAGAUACGGGUAAUGGUUCUGAGGACUAUUCUAUGGAGUUUCAGUCUAUGUCUAAUGAUGGAUCACAAAAUUCAAAUCAAAAUUGUCCAUAUUACAUGUACUUUAAGCAGUUAGACAGUCCCCCUCCUCCACCACCCCCUAAAAGUCUACCUUGGCAGUCCAAAGUCCGCCAGAAGGAUAUUGAUAAUUUUCUCCAUAAUGUGAGAAUUAAGUUUAUUGGGUAUUCUCUACCCGGUGAUAGGCAGACUAUUGCAGGCCUGCCAAACCCUAUUCACGAAGGAUUAGAGGUAUUAAAAAAACACAUUUAUACUAGUAUUUCCGAAAUUCAAGUUGAACGAGAAAUAGAAAUUUCUCGCAGUCCACUCACCAAAGGUGAGAAAGAUAUUGAAGAGACUGAGGCAGAACUUUUAUAUAGGGAAAUGUUACCCAAUCUACCCCAGUACAUGAUAGCACUUUUAAAAAUAUUGUUAGCUGCUGCUCCAACGUCCACAGCAAAAACCUAUUCAAUGAACAUUAUGGCUGACUUAUUACCUGAAGAGAUGCCUAUGACUGUACUUCAGUCACUGAAAUUAGGAAUAGAUGUUAACAGGCACAAAGAAAUCAUAGUCAAGGCAGUGACUGCUAUCCUCCUGUUACUUUUAAAACAUUUUAAACAAAAUCAUAUUUACCAAUUUGAAUACAUGUCUCAACAUUUGGUUUUUGCCAACUGUAUGCCCCUAGUUCUAAAAUUUUUUAAUCAGAACAUUUUGUCCUAUGUUGGGGCAAAAAACACCAUACCUAUAUUUGACUUCCCUGCUUGUGUUAUUGGGGAACAACCAGAACUGACUAAAGAGUGUUUAGACAUUGGUGAAACAUCUGUCCCCUACUCCUGGAGAAAUGUAUUUUCAUGUAUAAAUCUUUUAAGAAUAUUGAAUAAAUUAACUAAAUGGAAAAAUGCAAGAAUAAUGAUGCUAGUUGUUUUUAAAAGUGCUCCAAUUUUAAAACGCACUCUUAAAGUAAGGCAUGCAUUGAUGCAGUUCUAUGUUUUAAAGCUUUUAAAAAUGCAAACAAAAUAUUUGGGAAGACAGUGGAGAAAAACGAACAUGAAAACAAUAAGUGCUAUAUAUUCUAAGGUCCGACAUAGACUAAAUGAUGAUUGGGCCUAUGGGAAUGAUGUAGAUGCUAGGCCAUGGGACUUUCAGGACGAAGAAUGUACCCUGAGAGCUUGUGUUGAGAAUUUUAAUAGGAGGCGUUACAUAACUGGACCUAUAACUAGUGUGAGAAAGUAUAUAGAUACUGAAUGGGCACCUGUUGACACAAAUAUAAAUGAUGUGCUUGAUAUAAAUAUUGAGCUUGAUGAAGAAUUUAAGGAAAAUUAUGAAAUAUGGCUAGAGAGAGAAGUGUAUCAUAAUGAAUCAUUUGAAAGUCGAUUGUUUGCGAAUGGAAGCAAAACAAUGUAAGGCUUCUACAUUUGAAACAAAUUUUCAACUUCUUGAUUAUGUUAAAAAUCUCUUUGAAACUCGUUUUGUAAAAUAUUUUUUAUGGA